AUGGGAUAUGCAACAGAAGCUCUUUACACAUCAAUCGUUUUUGGCUUUGAAAGACUUGGUCUUACAAAGAUAAUUAUGCAAACUGAUGAGAAAAAUGAAGCAAUGAGAGAAUGGUGUGAAAAGACAGCUGGACUCAAAGUGGCAUGGAAGAAUGACGUGCAAAUUAAUGGUUACGAAUAUACACAAUGUGGAUAUACAUUCACUAUCGACGAAUGGAACAGUGCGAUAAAACAAAAGCUGGAAAUGAAGAUGAACAAUAUUAUUGCUAGUCGAGCUCGUCAACCAAAGCCAACAAAUAUUUGA